AUGGAUCAAAGACGUUCUAAACGGCCAGGCCUUAAUCUGAAUGAGCAUCAGAAGCAGACGGUAAGGGCUCUAAAGAGUCAGAUGUCUUCUCAUUCCGCUAGCGGUACGACGACACAAGGUAGCGACCAUAUCGUCACAAAACUAAGCGAAGAAGAACUUCGCCUUCUUCAGGAUGUCGUAGACACAUUGAAGAAUUAUAAAGGAGAUUCAGAGCCGAUUAUUGAUGCAGUCGACGGAAAAAGGCUACAGAGAAACUGGUCAGUGGAGAGUUAUCUUUCAUCAAGCCUUGGAAGUGGAACUUUUGUAAAUCCUGGACGAUUUUAUGUUCGUGUAACGAAGGAGGAUGUUCGAACGCUUGAGCAAGUUUGUCUCGAGCUUGAUGAAGAAGAUGAAGCGAAAGCCACCUCAAUACCCCACAGUAAUGGGCAUUUACUCAACGAGUCCCUGUUUUUGAGUGAUUAUAAAAACAAAUACAAGAAUUACGGAUUUAGUAUCGCUUUGACAAAGAAGAGUGAAAGCGUAAUUGUCGCUCAAAAUGUCAGUUGGCUAGGUGCGAAACCUGAAGAAUAUACCGAGCUAAACAAGUUAAACAAGUCUAAUCAUACGAAUGGAAGCUUACCAAAAAAUAACACCAGUUAUAGGAGUAAACUUAGAAAUUUGCCGCCCCGAGAUCGGUUUAGACAAGCUGUUUAUUUGGUGAUUAAUAACCUAAAAAUGCGGCCACGUGAAAUGGACAAAAAUUCCUCCGAGCUGUGGCGGAAACGCGGUCACGCAACAUGGCUUACAAUGUUAUUCACUAUUGUGGCGAUUAUAGCGUUCUUUGCAGACAUCGGUACCGAUCUCAAAGUUGCAGCGGACCAUUUUGCCAACGGAAACAACUUCUGGUGGGGCAGUUUUACUCUGUUGUUGGUUUUUUUGCCUUCAGCGGUUACAAAUUUAGUUUCCUUCCUCUGGUACAAAGAGGAUGCUGAAUUAGGAAGGCCGCCGAAAAGUGGAUGGAGGGCUGUGUGUUUGACCCAUGUGCUCCUUGUCGGACUUGUAGAAAGGUGAGUUGCAUUCAAAACUAGUCAGCAACUUUUGUUGCGUUUGUUUUCUGCAGAGAAAAUGGGUUCGCAUUGCACCCGUCACGCAACGCAUUACGUGACGCGCACAUCGAAAGUAGCCUGUUUUGUACUCUGUCAAGGGAGACAUGGACGCGUAGAAAGUUCGUGUUGCUGUUGUUGCUAUUUUUAAGGACCUUCUAGUAUUAGUGCAAAUUGCUUUUAAAAUUAAGGUUGUCAUGAGUACCAAAUUUGUUUUUUCUCCUGUGUGGUGGUGGGAUGCUUCUGUGUCAGCCGCAGGCUGAAGCGGCGAGCAGCGAGAAGCGCACUAUAAAGGCUUUUAUUAAUUAAUAUAUACUAAUAAUAAUUGCAAAUUAGGGGAGUAAUAAUAAUUGCUAAGUGUUACAAGCCCCACCCAAAAAUAACAUUUCUAAUCAAUUUGGAUGGGAGAACACUGCAUCACAAAAAUGAAAAGAUGUUUCGAUACAGUAUUCGGAGACCAUAUCGAUAUUUUCCAGUCGCCGUAAAAGUGAUUUUAUCCUUGUCUGAUCGCUAUAAAAAUUUCACCAGUGAUUGACUAUGAAUUGAAGUUUGUCAAAAUGCAGUUUUUAGAAGGGUAAAAUCGAUGACAACAAUAAACAAAAAGUUUUGAAAUCGAUAAAAGCCGAAUUUUGCGCAAUCUAGACCUGCUACUGUACAGCUGACACCAGAAACUUAAAGUGUGGUGUUUAGCAAAUACUUCCGUGAGAAGUAAAAAAUUAUGUAUGUUUGAAUUCAAAUAAAACGUAAAUAUAUUUCAAACCUUACAUUUUUAAUCGCCGUUAUAAAAUGUUUGACAAAAAAGUCCCAAAGAACUCAAAUUACUUUUAAGUAGCGUCAGAAUGCUGCUUAAUAUCAUAUGUCGAUGCCAGAAAACUUUGGUGUUUUUUCUUUCUUGUGAUCCUGAAAACGAACCUGUUUUCUCGCCACAUGGCUAAGUGCAUAUUUAUUCUAAGUUUUGACUUUUAGCGCUUGGUAUAUCUCUAUGACGGCUUGACUGAAUUUUAUUUAAACCUCAUAACAUAAUCUUCACGAUGUAUAUAAUAAUGUCAGAAAAUUAAUGCCCACCAUACAUACCUCCAUGACGUACAUUUCAGUGUGAAUAUUAGCAAUGUUUUAUAUCCAAAAGAUGCAAUAAAAUUCACACUGAAAUGUACCAGUAAUGGAGGUAUGUAUUGUUAUUUGCUAAACACCACAUUUUAAGGGCCUGUUUACAUGGAGGUGGGGGACCCCAGAUAGGUGAGGUAACUUGCGGUGGGUCACUCACCUAUCAUGUAAACGUGAUCAAAUUAAAAUGAGAGAUUAUAUGGACAGGCGGGUUACACACCAAAGCGGGUUACCUCACCUACCUGGGGUCCCCCAACUCCAUGUAAACAGGCCCUAAGUUCCUGGUGUCGGCUUUUCAGCAGCAGGUCUAGAUCGCCCAAAAUUCGGCUUUUAUUGAUUUCAAAGCCUUUUGUCUAUUGUUGUCAUAGUGAUAUCGAUUUUACUAAAAACUGCAUUUUGAGAAACUUCAAUUCAUAGUCAAUCACUGUGAAAAUUUUAUGGCGAUCGGACAAGAAUAAAAUCACUUUUAACACGAUUGAAAAAUAUCGGUAUGGUGUCCGAAUACUGUAUCGAAACACCGUAAAACAUUUACCCAUAUUUUUAAACCAAUUCAACUUUAAAAACGUAGGUUUAAAAAUAUGCAAAGUUAACAAGAAAAAUCUUCAGAAUUUCAUUACACCGUUACGCGUUUCAUUAACAGCUUGAGGAGAAGUCAAAUAAAUAGAAAAGAUUUUUGAUAUUUUGGCUUCCAUAAUGAUUCAUCACAAGCCUUGAGAACGAGAUGGUCAUCUUUUGUCCUUUACCCACUCCCCACAGGUACUGGAGAGUUCUUGUAAAAUCCUACCGAAUAAAACGCAAGAAGGCAACCCGGGUUGUUGACAACAAGCUACUGAUAGCAAUGAACCUGGAUUUAGGGCUACUGCAAAUGAUCCUGGCCUUUACAGAAGAUGCCCCACAGCUCGUGUUGCAAAUGUAUGUGCUGAUCUCGCGCCGAUACGUCGAACAGUUAAAAGCAACAAGAAUACAAGACUUAUGGACAAUUCUCUCCAUUUGCUUUUCUUUUAUUUCAUACUCCAGAGCUGUAGUGAACUAUAUAAGCUGCCUGCGUGACUCAAAAAGCCACAAGGGACAACUCCGCUGGUACGGAUACCUUUCAAUGUGGUUGUGGCGAGGUUUCAUGAUUAUCUCGCGAAUAUUAGCCCUGGUUUUCUUUGCAACCGAAUUCAAAAUUUGGUUUUUUCUUGUCCUGUUUCUUCACUUCUUUAUUGUUCUUUCAUUUCUUACCCGCCAAGAGGUUUCUUUCUUUCCAGGAAACAACUUGAAACAACACUUUUUUCGCGCUGUUAUGUCUUACAUCCAUCUGUUUUGUUUCUUUUGCUUGGAGGGUGUCCGUACUUAUCGCUGGGCUGUCAAGUACUACAUUUUGACGUUUCUUGAGAAUGUGGUUUUCUCUGUUUUAUGGUACACAAACAGCACAAGCCAUUUGCCAAGGGAAAUAGAGAUGGCAGGAUUUAUUUUGAUAUACAUGUUUUUCGUUGUUGGAUUAAUUAUGAUGACUGUGUAUUACAAGUUUUUACAUCCCAGAUUCAACCGACCUCGCUUCAGUUUAGCUGCGCCUUUGAAGUCUGAGUUAGCGGAUAAAAACUUUGAAAAAAAAGCAGAAAAGACUACAGGACAAAAAUUCGAGCUUUGGAUUUAAGUGAAUGCAAUAAUCAUUGGAUUUUAUGGUAGCAUCAAAGGUAACAACAGUAACAGUUCUAUGGAAUUAUGCAAUUACCGGGGAAUGAUGGAGUCUUGCUGAGCUACCAUAUUCAGAACACAAUGCUCACACACUGGCUGGUUUUGAUUUGUGAUUUGCGUGUUAUAGACGAAUUUUCUAGCUACGAUGUCACAUUUUCCUGGAAGGGUUUGCUCCCGACCUCCGUUAAAGUAAUCAUAACUUUCACGGAAUUAAAGUUCAUGGUCAAAUUGCCAUUCCACCCUGUCGUUUAGUAACGUCACCAUACUGAU